AUGAAUAUCACUAAAAGUAUAAUUAUAUUCGUGUGCAUUCUUAUCGUCUCUGACGUACUUGCUCAAAUAACACCACCACCAGCUGCCCCGGUUGGAACUCCUAAAGAACCACCAACCAAUGUCUCCGCCCCUAAAGGUGUUCCGAACAAUAGUCCCCCGACAACUAACCCUCUGAAUGGCACUACCCCUCCGGUAAAUGAUCCGAAGAAUCCUCCGAAGGGUCCUCCGGAAGGUAGUCAACCAGCAGGUGUUCCAAAUAGUCAACCGACAGCUCCUCCAGCAGGUGUUUCCCCGACAACUGGUCAACAGGCAGGUGUUCCUCCACCGACAACUGGUCAACAGGCAGGUGUUCCUCCACCGACAAAUAAUCAACCAGCAAAUGUUCCUCUCACAGGUGUUCCUCCGACAAAUAGUCAACCGGGAGGUGUUCCUCCAGAUGCUUCUCCGGCAAAUGGUAAACAGGCAGGGGUUCCUCCACCGACAAAUAGUCAACCGGUAGGUGUUCCUCCGACAAAUAGUCAACCGGUAGGUGUUCCUCCGACAAGUAAUCAACCGGCAGCUGGUCAGCCGGAAAGUGCUCAUACAAAAGGUAGUCUUCCGACGGGUGAUCCUCGGUCUCCAGCUGAUAAUCCGAAUAGUGAUCCAAAUAGUGGUCAAAAAACUGGUAGUCCGACAAAGGUUGUAAUUUCCAAUGCUCAUGCUAGUACAACUUCUGAUGACAGUAUUGUACCUUUUGAUGCUACAGAUACUGCACCAAGCGUUCGGAUUAACUAUUUAGAAUUGAUCGUUGGCUCUUUUGUUCCUUUAUUAAUUGGUAGUUUAUUCUAUUAG